AUGAGUUACGGACUGCAAGGUGUCUAUGAAACGACUAGUAGUACUAGUACUAGUAAAGAUAUGGAAUAUCAUCAAUAUCUUCGGCAUGAUGGGCCAUCGAGGACAUAUUCAAAUGAUUCUCACAGUUCAUCAAUAUCAAACGGCGGUCAUCAUAGAUUAGACGAAAUUGAAGAUGAACAGUUAGAACAAGAAGAAGGAGAAGAAGAACAACAACAACAACAAAUAGAUGAUGAUUAUGAAGAAAUUGCACCUGACCGACCUAGAUUACUCAUGUGGGGCUUAACAAAAAGUGGUAAAACCUCGAUAAUUAAACUAAUAUUUGAAAAAAUGACAGCCGGUGAAACACUUCAACUUCCAGAAACAAAAACAAUUCAAAUACAUGAACUCUCAUGCGGAAUUCAUGUCAGAUUUCAAAUUCGCGAUGUACCCGGUCCAAAAACAACAUCUCUGUUGGACUUUGAUGCCUAUUCGUCUGAAUGUACGACAAUUGUAUUUAUUCUUGAUGCUACGGAAGAUUGUUCAGAUGCUAUUAAUCUAUUAGUUAGUUCUAUGCAAUGGAUGCAUUCAAAUGGUCAUAAUGUACGGUUUGAAGUAUUGAUUCAUAAAAUUGAUGGUGUACAUGAACCAGAUCGUUUAGAUCGUCAUUCGCAUAUUCAACAGCAAGUAACAGUCAUGUUACACGAAUGCUCCAUAGAAGAACCGUUAAUAAAUUUCUAUAUGACAAGUAUUUACGAUCAUUCGAUACAUGAAGCCUUCAGUAAAAUCGUUCAGAAUCAAAUUAGACAGUUACGUGCACUUGAAAAUAUGCUUGAUUUAGUUACAGCGAGUACUCAAUUGGAUAAGAUCUUCGUUUGUGAUAUUUAUAAUAAAAUAUUUCUUGCGUCCGAUACGAAACCUGUCGAAAGUCAAAUAUCGGAAUUAUGUUGUGAUGUUGUUGAUGUUUAUACAGACAUUUCGUCUAUAUAUGGGACAAGUAAAAGCCCGGUGCUUGAUUCAAUGUCAUGCUGUACCGUUGAACUUUCAAUAGGACUUGUUUUAUAUUUAAAAAAUAUUAAUCCGACAACAGCACUUAUAUGUAUUUUAAAAAAAGAGCCAAGAAUUAACGAAGCUUUGAUGGAUGUUAAUUUAAAUAUCCUAAAAAAAAAUAUUCAAAAAUUAUUUCUGCCUAAUACAAAGCGUUUAGCACGACGCUAA